AUGACGCAGGAGAGCUUCCUCGUGCUCCAGAAGGAGAACCAUGCCCUCCUGCGCGAGAACAACGCUCUCCAUCUCGAGCUCAUUCGGUGCCAGGAAGAGCUCGAGGCCAAGGCCAUGGCCAUGACCACGCUGGAGAAGGACAUGGACCACCGCGUCCAAGAGCUCACGUUCCUCAACGCGCAAAAGUCGCAGCAGCUGCAAAAGAAGGACACGGAGCUGCAAAAGCUCUACGCCCAGCUGCAGCGCUUCGAGGCCAAGCCCGGCGACGAUACGUCGAUCGAGCUCAAGAGGCAGUUGCCCGAUGCCAAGCGUACGCAGGCACCCGCGCCGCCUGUUCCCAGCGCCUCUGCGGACGAUGCGUGGUACGCUCGACGCCAGCGAGGCCAUCUCAAACCACCUUGUCUCUCUCUUUACAGGCAGCGGCAGUUCCAGAGCUUGAGCGUGGACAACAAGGCGCUUCAUCACCAAGUGCAGCAACUCGAAACGCACAUCGCGUCGCGCGAAGCGGAGAUCGACCGGCUCGGAAAGCUCUUGAAAGACGGUCAUCAGUCCAAGAACUUUGCCGAGAUCAAGGCCAUGUACGACAUGGAAGCGUAUCACCUGGAGCAACAGCUCGAGCACGAGCAGCUGCUGCACCAAGUGGAUAUUUUGAACGAGCAAGUCGCCAAGUACGAGCGCAAGUUGCAAGCCUCCAAGGACGACGUCGACCACGCCAAAUACUCGACCCAACAGCUCGCACUUGUGCAAGACCAGAACCGACGGUACCUGCACGAGCUCGAGACGACGACGCGCGCACUCCAAGCGCUCGAGGCCGAGCACGCCUCGUGCACAACGUCGUACGACGAGCAAGCGCAGGCGCUCGCGAAGCUCGAGCUCGCGCUUUCCAACGCCAACGACCAAGUCGCGACGCAAAAAGCUCGGAUUGCGGCGCUCGAGACUACCAUGACGUCGUCGUCGUACGACAAGGUCGCAUCGUCGCACGCCGUGUCCGACGCCCAGGCCCAAGCCUCUGCCAGCGCCUCCGAGCUGGCGCAGCUGCGGCCCAAGUUCGCGGCGUUACAGACCAAGGUGAGCGAGCUCGAGCUCGCGCGCAAGGAGCUCGCGCUUCAAAAAGAGGCACACGAGCGCGAACUUGAGAUUCUCCGAGCCAACUUGGGACUGCAAGCAAGCGACAAGACGCGGUCCCUGGAAACGACGGCCGAGCUCUCGGCCAAGGUCGCGUCGCUGGAGGCGGCUGUCGACGAGCGGGAUGCGCAGCUGCGGCGGCGGUGCGUCGCCCUGGAAGAUGCCGAGAGCCGUGUCGCCGAGCUCCAAAGCCGCCUCGAGUCGCUCUUGCAGACGCAGCGCGCACUCCAGGCGCGCGUGGACGACGAGACACGCGAGCGUCAAGUUCGCACGACCUCGGACCGGCAAGAUGAAAUCGAUGCGCUGCGCAAAGAAAAGGUGCAGCUCGACGUCCAGCUCGCGUCCAGUCGCGAAGCACUUUUGGCCAACGAUGCGCGUGUGCGCGAGGCGGAAGCGCAGGUCGACCUUGUGCACCAGCAACUGCUGCGGUCGCAAGCCGAGACGGCCGAAUUGACCAAUCAGCUCAAGCGCCUCAAGGCCGACGCGGUCGAGUACCAAGAGACGGCCAUGCGCCUCGAGCUCCAGUGCAACGAGGCUGGCCGGCAGCUCGAGUGGUACAAGCAAGUCCAGCAAGACCAAGUCAAAGGCAAGCAAGACAGCGUCAUCUUUCAGCAGCGCUGCCAAGCCGCGCUCCUCGAGAAGACGCAGGCCGAGACACAAGUCGCCACGCUCACAGCGUCCCAGUCGAUGCUGCGCAAGCAGCUUGAAAAGGCGCAAGACGAUCUCCGGAGUGCGCACGACCAGCUAGCUCAGCUGCGACUGGAGCUCGACGAACAAGCGCGCGCCGUGGCGUCCGCAGGCGCGGAUGCGUCGGCGGCGCAGCAAGGGAAGCUAUACUUUAAGACCGAGUUUGAGCGGGUCUCGGACGAACUUUCCGAGUGCGCGACAACGCUGCAGCAGGAAGAGCGAUCGCAUCAUGCGACGCGGCAACUGCACGCGCAAGUGGCGCGGCAGGUGCAGGACCUCACCGCGCAGCUCCACCGCGCGCAGGCCAAGAGCAGUCAACUGGAGCAGCAGCUCGAGCAAGCCAAGGCGACGCGAUCGAGUCUCGAGCGGCAGUGGACGCUGGCCAAGGAAGACGGCCAGACGCACGCGGCGCGCUGCGCGUCGCUCGAGGUCCAAAUCAAGCGACUCAGCGAGGAGACGGCGCAGCUCUCGGAGCGCGCGCUCGUCCUCGAGCAAGACAAGACCCAGCUUCGCCACUUGCUGCUCGAGAUGGAGCACUCGCGCGACGCACUACAGCUGCAGUCCAAGCAAGCGCAGCUCGACGCAUCGUUCCAGGGCCAGAAGACGACUCAAGUGCACGCUCUUGUCGACGAUCUCCGCGCCCAAGUGGCAGCCGCAAACGCUGAAAUCGCGCAUCUGAAAGACGUCGUCCAGACGCUCGAUGCCGAGAACGACAGCCUCCACAACAGCGUCGACCUCAAGACCGAGUCGGCCGAUGCGCUCACGCAGCAACUCCACGCGUCCCAGGAAGAGUACACCCGACUGCGUCUUCACGUGCAAGACUGCGAACAGCAGCUGAGCAAGCUCGAACACGCACUCAACGCCAAGGAAGACGAAGUGUCGUUUCUCCAGAAGCAGCUCGACGCAACGUCAACCGCGCUGUCCAAAGCGACGGACGACGUGAGCUUGCGCACCGCCGAGCACGUGGCGCUGCAGCAGGAUCUGCAACACAUGACGGUCGAGAACCAAUCACUCUCGAACGAAUGCACCAAGCUGCACUUUGAGCUGGACCAAGUCGAAGAAGACCAUCGCGCCUUGCACGCACACGUGCGCACGGUGGAGCGCGAGCGGGACGCUCUUCAGAUCGAGCUCGACGACAUCAAACAGUCGUACCGCGCGGCCGUGCUCGAGAUGGACGCCCUCGACACGACGCGGCAGCAGCUGAGCCACCGUCGCGAAGAGACGAGUGCGAUCAACGACACGCUUCGCAAGCAGAUGCAGUCGGUGCUGUUGGAGAAGGAGGCCGCGACGCAGCACGUCGCCGAGCUCCGCGCCGAGCGAACAAUCCUCAUGGAUCAGAUCAAGCAGCUCUCGUUGCAGCUUGAGCGGUCGGCAGAACAAGCCGAGGAAGCGUCGCGGUCCCAGGCCAUGCUCCAAGGUGCGCUCUCGUCGCAACACAAUGUGGCCUCGGAGCUCGCGUCCGAGCGCUUCGAGACGGUGGCGCAAACGUCGACCCUCCAGCAAAAGCUCAGCCACCUCCAAGCUCGGCUCAACCAUGCUCUGCACGACAAGACCGAACUCUCGCAGCAGUCGCUGCGCGUCCAGAUGGCGACGACCCAAGGUCAGCUGGCAGACGCGCGGGAAGAACGUGAGGCCAUGGCGGCGCAGCUGCAAGCGUACCAGCAACAACCCAGCCCUGUCUCGCCCUUGUACGCCGCGUCGUCCGUGGCCCGGGGCACGCCGCCGUCGCUGCCCCGGAGCACGCCCUCGUCCGGGUCGCGCGCCUCGUCCAACUUUAUGGCCGAAGCCGAAGCGCGCUGCAAAGCGCUUGAAGACCGACUGGCCAAGCAAGAUGCGACGAUCCAGCAACUGGAACAUUCGCGCACCAAGUUUCGCAAGUUUGCGGCCAAGUACGAGAAGGAGCUCGACGAGCGGGACCGCGUCAUUGAUGAGCUCCGGUCGUCGAUGCGCUCGUCGCACCGGUACUACAGCGACGAAGAAGAGACCAAGACACCAUAA